AUGCAGAACGAACACGGACAGGGUGCUUCCCAUGCCACUGGCGGAUCCGAGGUCCCCGAGGCUAUUCAGAAUAAGGCCCCCCAAGGUCUCGAGGAGAGCCUGCCCAACAAGAUUCACGACACCGGCUCCGGCACUGGCCGCCAGACACAUGCCAAGGAUGGCGGCGAUGCUUCCAUUGUCCCCAAAGUCCUCCAGAAGGCUGUGCCUGAGAAGCUUGAGCGCGCACUUCCCGACGCCAUCCACGACACUGGUGACUCCAAGAAAUAA